AUGUUGCCCUAUAUAGACCAGAUAUUCGAGCUGCCAGCUCGGCUCACUGGCGCAUCAAUUGAUGAGCUCAAGCUGAUCGGCUCGUUCCUCCUCUCCUAUCCACUCGCCGCCCUGCUCAAGCGCAUCCCCGAUGGCCAGCCCUGGAAAAAGAAUGCCUUCAUCAUCGGCGUGUCGUUGUUCUACCUGGUUGGCCUGUUCGACCUUUGGGACGGUCUGCGCACCUUGAUGUACAGUGCUGCAGGCACAUACGCGAUCGCAUACUACGUGGACGGAUCUCUGAUGCCCUGGAUUGGGUUUACUUUCCUGAUGGGCCAUAUGUCGGUCAACCACAUCUCUCGCCAGAUGAUCGAUGAAGCACACUCCGUUGAUAUUACCGGCGCGCAGAUGGUUCUGGUCAUGAAGCUCACUUCGUUCUGCUGGAAUGUUCACGACGGUCGUCUGCCCCAGGCUCAGCUGUCAGAUCCGCAGAAGUACUCUGCCAUCACCAAGUUCCCCAGCAUUGUGGACUACCUGGGCUAUGUGAUGUUCUUCCCCUCGCUCUUCGCCGGCCCGUCUUUCGAAUAUGUGGACUACCGCCGCUGGAUCGACACCACACUGUUUGAAGUCCCGCCAGGAACUGACCCAUCCAAAGUGCCACCUACCCGCAAGAAGCGCAAGAUCCCUCGCAGUGGAACCCCUGCUGUCAAGAAGCUGGUUAUUGGACUGGCUUGGAUUCUUGCCUUCAUCCAGCUUGGCGCGUACUUUACCACCGACUUUGUGCUUUCAGAGUCUUUCCUGCAGUACUCUUUCCUUCGUCGUGUGUUUACUGUCCACAUGGUAGGCUUCACCGCGCGUCUGAAGUACUACGGCGUAUGGUCUCUGACCGAGGGUGCCUGUAUUCUGUCCGGCAUGGGAUACAACGGCUUCGACCAGACCACAGGCAAAGUCUUUUGGAACCGACUCGAAAACGUCGAUCCAUGGCGUCUGGAGACAGCACAAAACUCGCACGCCUACCUAGGCAGCUGGAACAAAAAUACCAACCACUGGCUGCGCAACUACGUCUACCUCCGCGUGACCCCCAAGGGCAAGAAGCCCGGCUUCCGCGCCAGCCUGGCAACCUUUGCCACCAGUGCCCUCUGGCACGGCUUCUACCCAGGAUACUACAUGACUUUUGUCCUGGGAUCAUUCAUCCAAACGGUAGCAAAGAACUUCCGCCGCUACGUCCGCCCCUUCUUCCUGACUCCAGAUGGCUCAGCCCCAAUGCCAAACAAGCGCUACUACGACAUCCUCAGCUGGCUAGCAACCCAACUGACCCUCUCCUUCACCGUUCUCCCCUUCAUCCUCCUCAGCUUCAACGACUCCAUAACCGUCUGGUCAAGAGUCUACUUCUACGGCAUCGCCAACACACUCUUCUCCCUAGUAGCCUUCGCCUCCUUCUCCCCAUUGAGGAGUUACCUCGUCUCAAGCCUGAAGCGUCGCACCCGUCCACACGUCGGCCGAACCGUCAGCACGGACUCGGUUCGUCCGCCCGUAUUGGGUCUGCCUAAUGAUCCGGAACGUGACUUGGAUGAAGCGGUUCAGGAAAUCAAAAAUGAGAUUGAGGCUAGGGGGAGACGCGGUAGUGUUGUUACCAUGCCUACUGGUGAAGAAUUGAAGGCUGCUGUUGAGGAGAAGAUCGGGCGGAAGCUGUAG